CUGGCGGACCAGGAGGAAGGUGGCUCGACGAUGCAGGGCAAGGAGAGCCCCGUCGGGUCCAACACCCAGGAGACCCAUCAGUACGUUGGUCCUUACCGACUGGAAAAGACCUUGGGGAAAGGGCAGACCGGACUGGUCAAGCUUGGGGUUCACUGCGUGUUGGGCAAGAAGGUGGCGAUCAAAAUCAUCAACAGGGAAAAGCUGUCAGAGUCUGUGCUGAUGAAAGUAGAACGGGAGAUCGCGAUUAUGAAACUGAUCGACCAUCCUCACGUUCUCGGCCUCUCGGACGUAUACGAGAACAAGAAAUAUCUGUAUCUUGUUCUGGAACACGUAUCGGGCGGGGAGCUUUUCGAUUACCUAGUGAAGAAGGGCCGACUAACGCCGAAGGAAGCGAGGAGAUUUUUUCGACAAAUCAUUUCUGCGUUAGAUUUUUGUCAUAGCCAUAGUAUAUGUCACAGAGACUUGAAGCCUGAGAAUUUGUUGCUGGACGAGAAAAAUAACAUCAAGAUAGCGGAUUUCGGGAUGGCGUCGCUGCAACCUGCCGGCUCCAUGCUAGAAACCAGCUGCGGCUCUCCUCAUUACGCCUGUCCCGAGGUUAUUCGAGGUGAGAAAUACGACGGAAGGAAGGCGGACGUUUGGUCGUGCGGCGUGAUACUUUACGCGCUUCUGGUAGGCGCGUUACCCUUCGACGACGACAACCUGAGGAAAUUGUUGGAGAAAGUGAAACGAGGCGUGUUCUAUAUACCGCACUUCGUGCCGCCCGAGUGUCAGAAUCUGCUCAAGGGGAUGAUCGAGGUCGAUCCGGACAAGAGACUGACGCUGGCGGAGAUAAACAGGCACGUGUGGGUGACGGCAGCGGGCAAAGGCGAGCUAGAGUUAGAGCUGUCGAUGAUGGACGUGGUGCAGACGCACGUUAUUCCGUCCGUGGAGGCGAUCGAUCCCGACGUAUUGCAAGCGAUUGCGAGCCUAGGCUGCUUCAAGGAACGGGACAAACUGAUCCAGGAACUCCUCAGCCCGAAUCACAACACGGAGAAGGUGAUAUAUUUCCUACUGCUGGAGAGGAAACGGAGGAGACCAGCGUGCGAGGACGAGCUGGAGGUGAUGAGGGGAGGCAUGAGAGGAUCCGCGGGACAGUUGGAAGCGGAUCCACCGAGAAAGCGAGUCGACACGUGUCGAGUGAACGGCAGCACCGCCCUGAAUCUCGGUGAAAUUAGCCACGGUUCUCCCUUAACGCCUCGAAGACAGUCGAGCACCAGGCAUCACGCUCGUCGUUCGCCAAGUACUGGAUGCCACACGCACGCGUCGCAUUCGCACGCGUCGACGCCAGGUAGCUCGCCGCUGCACGGCUCGAACGCGGUCGCGGGGCUGCUCAGUCCUCACAGGGCCCCUCCGCCGACUUCGCACCUAGGCCAAACGAUAAGCCCCCACCGGCUGUCGGCGGUAACGACCGCCGCGGGAAACGGAAACACCAGCACGCCAUCUGUCGUGGCCCCUGUCCCAGCACUGCCCAACGUCGGGAUAGAAAUAAACGACGUCCAACAGGUAGUUGCGGUCGGCGUUACACCGCCAGGCUCGCCGCACACUGGCGCUGGUUCUAGCGCUCAUCACUGGCGAUCGAGAUUGACCACCAUCAAGAACUCCUUCCUUGGAAGUCCCCGAUUUCAUCGACGCAAGUUGCUCACGAGCGCCGAGGAGGUGCAUCUCACGCCGGAUUCUUCCCCGGAACUUACAAAGAAAUCGUGGUUCGGUAGCCUGAUGACCACGGAAAAGGACGAAACGUUCACGAUUCUGGUGAAAGGGAAGGCGCUGGCCAGCGUCAAAGCCGAUCUGAUUCACGCCUUUUUGUCGAUAGCGGAGCUGUCCCACAGCGUGAGCUCGCCGAUGUCCUUCAAAGUGGAAUACAAAAGAGGAAGCACGGCGCCGGCCAUGUUCCAGAGACAAGUCCGUUUUCAAGUCGACAUUAGCACCAUAUCGAAACAACCGAACGAACUGUUCGCCAUUACCUUCACUCUACUGAGUGGAAACAUCCGAAGAUUUCGAAGGGUGUGCGAGCACAUUCAGUCGCAGGUCUGCUCGAGAAACGUAGGAAUAAAUUUGGGGGGGCAGAACCGUGGUGCGGCGCCGCCGAGUCCGCGAGCGUCCCGGAAAUUCACCACGGAGAUGAGCGAAAGUUCCAGCUGCGGGAGCGACACCAGCGAAAGGUCGUUUCUCAGCCCGCACCCAGCUACCAGACAGGUAGUCUGUUUCAACAAGGUAGUGCAUCAUCUUCCAUUCCCCGACGCGCCAUUAUUUCCGCCCGUAAUUCUUUCCUAACGCU